AUGCUGACCGCAGGCCGGUCAUUGACUUUCUGGAUAUACCCAGCCCCAGUCCUUUUGGCCCUCUGCCAUAACGCGCUCUCCACUGCGACCGCCCAGCCGCCCACAAACGGCGCGCAAGCUGCUCUCCCCACUACACCGGUGACAACAUGUUCGACGAAGACUACCUGGCAGACAGAGGCGGAGCUAUUCAACCUGCCGCCAUGUCUGGAGACGCGCUGGGGACCGGGUCGCGAUAUGUAUCUUGCUUCGGUAUCACCCGAUCUAAGUGCAGCAGCCAACGAUCCAGUCGUCAAUUCAUCUGCCGUCUCGAGCGGGACGCCAGAAGCGACAGCUAAAACGACUCCAGAUCAGAACGCAGAACAGGACCAAGACACAGACUCGCUAUUGGACGGUGCUAGUUUCCUCUCAUUUGAGGACUGGAAGAAGCAGAAUUUAGCGAAGGUCGGACAAUCAGCCGAGAAUGUCGGAGGGAGCAGACGUGCCGCGGCAGCUGGAAAGGAAGACCGUCGACAGCCAACAGGAAUUAAUAAUGCAUUGGAUUCGCUGGGUGACGAUUCCGAGAUCGAGUUGGACUUUGGUGGCUUCGGCGCUGAGACGCCCGAGGCUAGUCCUACCGCUUGGGGCUCGCAUAUCCCGUCGCGUGACGGACAGGCGGGGAAUGCGGGUAGAAGAGGUGGCGGGGAUGUACAUGGACAGGGUGCGCUCCAGAGAGAUACGUCGCGCCGUAAGGAUGCUGGCACUACUUGCAAGGAGCGAUUCAACUAUGCUUCCUUUGACUGCGCGGCUACAGUGUUGAAGACGAAUCCCGAGUGCAAGGGUUCGUCUUCUGUGCUCAUUGAGAAUAAGGAUAGCUAUAUGCUUAACGAGUGUCGCGCUAAGAACAAAUUUCUUAUCCUGGAACUGUGCGAUGAUAUCCUGGUUGAUACGGUUGUUCUUGCAAACUAUGAGUUUUUCAGCUCUAUCUUCCAUACAUUCCGGGUGAGUGUCUCGGAUCGGUAUCCUGCGAAACCAGACCAGUGGAAGGAACUUGGGGUUUAUGAGGCACGCAACACUCGUGAGGUGCAAGCGUUCGCAGUAGAGAACUCGCUUAUCUGGGCUCGAUACCUUCGAAUUGAGUUCCUUACGCACUAUGGGCAUGAGUUCUUCUGUCCCGUCAGCUUAAUUCGGGUGCAUGGUACCACCAUGAUGGAAGAGUACAAGCAUGGCGAGAGCUCUGACCGCGCCGAGGUUGAGGAGUUGGAGGCCAGUGAAGCUAAUCAGCUUCCCGAAGAUGUGGAAACCAAGCCCGUCGAGGUACCGGUCGAGAAGAUCAUUCCUGCGGUGGAACCUGGCCUCAUAGUGGAUGCGAUUUGUCCGAUCCCUCUAUCAGAGGCUGUGUCACCUUUUGCGAAACUCAACGAUAUGUGCGAUAUUAAUGAUGGGCCACCUGUUGCAACUCCGACGUCAGACAGAGUGGCUCAGACCAAUCUACCACCGAAACAGAACUCUACUGCUGCAGUUGGAGGCAGUCCCUCCGCGACCAAUGUCGGACCACUUCCCACACCAAAGGCCGAGGAUACUCGAAAGCAGGGUGAGCCUGCCAAAAAUGCCGUGACCUCUCCGGAUGCCUCAAGCAUAUCUUCGGAGCCUACUCAGAAGAACGCCACAUCCGAGACAGGGAAAGCCACAACCCAUCCUAAAGAGGAGCAGAACAUUCCUCCCCCAGAGUCGACGAGACCUACAAACACUCAACCGCCAUCUGCAAACCCCACGACCCAAGAAUCCUUCUUCAAAUCUGUCCACAAGCGGCUCCAGAUGCUUGAAUCGAACUCGACCUUGUCUCUUCUUUAUAUUGAGGAACAGUCUCGCAUCUUGCGUGAUGCGUUCAACAAGGUUGAGAAGCGGCAGCUAGCAAAGACCUCGACCUUCCUUGAAAACCUCAAUGUAACUGUGCUCAACGAAUUGAAAGAAUUCCGCGAGCAGUACGACCACGUCUGGAAGUCCGUUGCUCUUGAAUUUGAGCACCAGCGCAUGGAAUACCACCAAGAAGUCCACUCCCUCAGCAGGCAGCUCGGUGUCCUUGCCGACGAACUAGUUUUCCAAAAGCGAGUCACCGUGAUCCAGAGCAUCAUGGUCCUCUGCUGUUUUGCCCUCGCCUUAUUCUCGCGGGGGUCGGGAAACAACUAUAUGGAAUUCCCCGCCGUUCAAAGAAUGGUCGCGCGGUCCUACAGUCUGCGGUCUUCAUCUCCACCUUUUGCCUCUCCAUCGGCUAGCCCGGGGUCGACACGCCCAGCUUCAUCUUCGUACCGCGAGAACAAUGGCCAUCGCAGAAAUCUCUCUGACUCGUCCGACCAAGAUAGCGCUGCUAGCCCAACCGCGGCCUAUUCCCCGCCGACUCCUACGUCGUCUUCUCCAACAGAUCGAGAUGUGGAGGAGUUAGAGAAGGUGAAAGAACCUACCUCUCCCGAGUCUAUGUCUUUGCCUACUCUGGGGACACCGCUACCCCGUGCUCACAGUACGCCACCUGUAUUGAAUGGGCGCCCUGCUGACCUGGAUAUGGAUACGGCUGAUGUCGACCCGGUUACCGAUAAUGCACGGUCGCCUGAGCUGUGA